GAAAAAAAAAAAAGAAAAAGAGUGAAAGAGUAGGGGGAAAGGGAACAGAAAGAGAUUGACACAGUUGAAAAAUUGCUUACACAGAUGAAUUAAUUCAAAUAGUAUACAAAGGCACAAAUCAAGAGAUUUUAAUUUGAUUUUUGAUAUGUUAUGAGUUUGGGUGAAAUUGGGGAAAUUGAGAACAGGAAACGAAAACGAAAACCUAAAUUGAAAAACUGGGGAAAUAGAACGGAUCAAAGAAGAAGCAGGUCAGAAGGAUUAAGGGAGCGGGCUAUCAAACAUUAAAGAGAUCCAGGGAAAAAGAAAUGUAGGCCCAACAAGCAGCCGACUUGCAGACAACAAGCUUGAAUCAGCUGAAGAUCACUACAGCAGUAACGAAUGGACCGUUAUGAUGAUUUCAACAGCUAGCUAACAGUGGCUGACACCAUACUGUCUAAAAAUAACUGCAUUAGUACUAAGCUGCUACUAGUUUGUUACAACAAUUUCAUGUAUAAAUUGCAUUGGAAUGAACAAAUUUCCUUUAUGAAUCAGUAUUUUUCUCUUCUUCUACCUCUCUUUUUCUCUUCUUAAAUUCCUAUUUUCUUCAAUCCAACCUCGGUUCAUAAUAUGAUAUUGAAAAAAGAAUUUGUAAUCAGAAACUUCCUUAUUUUGCUCUUAUAUUGUGAAAUAAUAAAAAAUCUCAAAGCAUUGUUGAGUUUAAUUCGAUGUCGAGCGAGAAACUCCCCGUUGAGUUGUCCAAGGGCGUUAAUGGUCUUGAGGAAAUCAUCCUCCGCGAGGCACGUGGAAGCUCAGCCGAGGUGUAUUUAUAUGGAGGACAUGUGACAUCUUGGAAGAAUGAGCAUGGCGAGGAGUUGCUUUUCGUCAGUAGUAAGGCAUUGUUUAAGCCCUCAAAAGCAAUUUGAGGAGGAAUUCCAAUAUGCUUCCCUCAAUUUUCAAAUCAUGGUCCUCUUCAGUCCCAUGGAUUUGCUAGGAAUAGAUUUUGGAGCAUUGGCCCUGAUCCACCUGCUUUUCCAAAAAAUUCAUCCAGUAACUCUCACAUUGAUUUGAUCCUUAAGCUUUCUGAAGAAGAUAUGAAGAUUUGGCCUCACAGUUAUGAAUUCCGCCUGAGGGUAGCUUUGGGACUUGGAGGAGACCUAAUGUUAACUUCUCGCAUCAGGAACAUGAAUACUGAUGGGAAGCCAUUUACAUUCGCAUUUGCAUAUCACACUUAUUUUUCUGUUUCUGACAUCAGUGAAGUUCGUGUGGAGGUAGGGACACUUGAUUAUCUGGACAACUUACAGAACAAGGAACGAUUUACUGAACAGGGAGAUGCAAUAACAUUUGAUACAGAAGUGAGUGGACUGGAUAUAUACCUCAGUGCUCCUACAAAAAUUGCAAUUCUGGAUCAUGAGAAGAAGAGAACCUUUGCAAUAAGCAAAGAUGGACUCCCUGAUGAUGUGGUAUGGAAUCCCUGGGAUAAAAAGGCAAAGGCUUUGGCUGAUUUUGGAGAUGAUGAAUACAAGCAUAUGCUGUGUGUUGAGACUGCUGCUAUUGAGAAACCUAUCACAUUGACACCUGGUGAGGAAUGGAGAGGGAGCCAAGAACUUUGUGCUGUUCCUCCUACUUACUGUGGAGGGCUGCUUGAUGCUCGGAAAGUCCUCCAGUGUGCUGAAAAGAUGCAUUACUGAGAUCACUAUUGUGUAUGGGUAUUUUUUAUAUUCUAAUAAUGUUCUUUUAAACAUCAGCUGAUAAACUUCAUAUGAUGAAUAUCUAAUGGUUGUUAUUACCAUUAUCUUUCUGUCAUUUUUGGUGAUGGCUUAACAUGUUUCAUUCUGACCAUAACAUCUCUCCUCUUAAGCAAUCAUAGUGUAAUGCCUAAAUUUUACCCGGCCCUUAAUAAAUAAAAGUCCAGUUUUUUUUA